AGCGCAGUUGACGUUCCUGCGGCAGUGAAAGACGCGCGCAUUGUGGCGCAGACAUGUCCCGGUUCCUCACUCGUCUGCACGCUGUCUUUUGUCCGCCCGUGUCCAUCAGAUCGGCGGUUGUGCUCGUCCGCUCGGUCUCCACCGCUCACGUGGUGCAGAGUCUCACCCGCUAUGAUAAAACUACAGACUGGCAGAAGAAACUGACCCCAGAACAGUAUGUAUCCACCAGAGAGAGGGCGACUGAAGUGCCCUUUAGUGGGAUCUACCUGAACCAUUUUGAAGUGGGAAUGUACCACUGUGUCUGCUGUGAUGCUCCACUCUUCAGUUCAGAGGCCAAGUAUGACUCAGGGAGCGGCUGGCCAUCAUUUAAAGAGGCUCACGGGACAUGGGAGCGGGAUGAAAGCCACACCUCCAUCAUCUGUCGCCCUGACAACAGCUUGGGUAGUACUGGCACCGAGGUCCUUUGCAAAAAUUGUGAUGCUCACCUGGGUCACGUGUUUGAAGACGGACCAGACCCGACAGGUAAGCGGUUCUGCAUCAACAGCGUUGCUCUGACCUUUAAACCCAGAGAGCCCAACAAACCUGACGAUCAGAAGAACUGAGGGCGUUCCUGCACCGGAUCGAAGCAACAACAACAACAUGGCUAAAAUCCCAUUUUACGG